UACGAUCAGUUACAGAUUGAGGGUAAUGCAUUGGCUGCAUCAAUGCAUUAUGUAAUCUCUCUAGUACUUUUAUUCAAUAUUACCUUCAACUAUGUGAUGACGAUCGUCACACCACCAGGUCAAUCGCCCAGGGAGGCCGACUACACUCCCGAGCAACUAGACGCCUUUGAUCAAAUCAGAGUCAUCAAGAAAUCAGAGAGCUUCUCAAAGUUCUGCAUCAAAUGUCGAUUACCAAAGACAGAGAGAGCACAUCAUUGUUCAUUAUGUAAUACAUGUGUGUUAAGAAUGGAUCAUCAUUGCCCUUGGGUCAACAACUGUGUUGGACUGAGGAAUCAUAGGUACUUCUUCCUCUUUUUGCUGUAUCUCUGGGUGUCAUGCUUGUACGUGUGCGCCAUGUCCUAUCCCUAUGUGUUCACAUCAAAGUUCAUUCCAUUUGGCGCGCUGAUGACCUUUGUUCUGACACUGACCGUGUCGCUGGCACUGGGCGGCCUAAUGGCCUGGCAGUUCUACCUGCUCAUCACCAAUCAGACAACAAUCGAAUUCCUUCACAAUCGAACUCAAGCGAGACGAGCUAAAGCGCGUGGAGAAGUAUACAAGAACCCACACGACAAUGGAUACUUCAACAACUUCCAAGACUUCUUUGGUGGCCAUGGUAGGAGUUGGUGGAUGUUUGCAGUGCCCUCGCUUCAGCCACCCGACAGCUCAAAGAAGAAGGACGAU